UUGAUUUCGAUUUCUUUUGUGUUUUCACAUUGAUUUCGCUAUAUAAUUUUCUUUUCGUUAUUUUCUUCAAUUCACAUUAGUUAAAUGAUUAGUUAAAUUAAUUGAGACGAUGGAUCAACUGUAUGUGGAGAUUGAGAUAAGCACACAAAAUGCGGAAACAACAAUAUACACCAGCGUGCCUUCGUUCCUAGCGCUUUACACAUAUCGCUACCUCAAAGAGCCCUCAAAUAUUAAAGUUAAUUUUGUUGCGAGUAAAAUUGACUCGGGAAAGAUAGCUUUACGCAGCUCCCAGCUGCGACGUGAACUAACCGAACAGCAUAUAACGUGUCGUGAGGCUGCAACGCUGCCCGCUCUGAGGGAUCUUCGUCUGCCGAUUUAUCAGCGAAAUGGAAACAUUUUCAUUGCUGGCACCUGUGCCGUCUGCCGGGAGCUCAUUGCCCGCCAACCGAGUGCCCAUUUGCGUCAACUAUUGGGUUUCAAGGGCAGUUGCCUGCUAGCGCCCGCCGAAGCCUCCAUUUGGACGCGUUUCUGUGAGGUGGAUGUGGUUAAUUUGGUCACCCAGCUGCAGAGCGGAGAGCUACAGUUGCGUGAAGUGCCCGCUGAGGUGGUGCGCUUUGAGCAGCACAUGAAUCAACCGGUGCGCAUGCACAACAUCUAUAAACUGGCCCGAGAACAGGCGAAUCAGUUGGGAGAAAAUGGUGUACCAGUGAAGAGGAAAGAUCGCAUCCUCAUCGAGUGCAGCAUACCCAAGGAGCAACUGUUGAUCGAGCAUCGUUUUGCCGAGGGCAUUAGCUUUACCAUUGCCGAUUUAAUACUCUACCCACUGCUCCGACUAGUCUUCCAGCAUUGCGCCCAAAUGCUGCCACAUUUUCCGCUCACCAGCACCUGGUUCAGUGAGAUUGAUAGCUUUGAUACGAACUGCGCCCGCAUACUGCAUGAGUUAUAUGUACCGCUGCUGGUGGCGCCGGCAGAGAAUACACAAUUAUUGAGCAUACCCGACUGCGAGGAGGCGAGCCUCUACAAAGCCGACCCCAAGCGAUAUCGUCCCCGGAAUCGCAUCUACACCAGCCAGUUGGAAGUCGAUGCUGCUCUGGCCAAGCUCUCACAGCUACAGCUACAUUUUAGCACCGAUUCGGAGCAGACAUAUGGCGAACAAUUGAUCGAUUGGCAGGAUAUUGAGCCGACGCAUGCGAAGAGCUCAGCGUUGCCCGAGGAGCGGCUAGAGCGUAAGCGUCAACAACUAGAGAAUAUGGCCAAUGCGGUUGUCUCUCUGGCACAGGCCAACGAUCGCAUUGUUGACUUCUGUAGCGGCACUGGGCAUUUGGCUAUACUCCUGGCUCUAAAGCUGCCCCAGUGUAUUGUGAUUGUGCUGGAGAAUAAGGCAUAUUCACUGGCGCAUGCCCACAAACGGGCCGCGGAGCUGAAGCUGACCAACUGCGUCUUCUAUCAGUGCAAUAUUGAUUAUUUUAUGGGACGCUUCGAUAUUGGCGCCUCGUUGCAUGCCUGCGGCACAGCCACCGACAUUGUGCUGCAACAAUGUCAGCGUGUCCAUGCGCGCUUCGUGUGCUGUCCCUGCUGCUAUGGUUCGCUGCAGCCAAUGCCACACAUUGCCUACCCGCUGAGUGCUCGAUUUCGCCAGGUGCUCGACACAAAGGAUUAUCUCUAUAUAGCACAUACAGCGGAUCAGGCACACGAAUUAGGCACAGUCAAUUGCAAGCCGGAAAUCACGUUGCAGGGGCUGCAUUGCAUGUGCGUUGUGGACACUGAUCGCAAACUGCAGGCGGAGGAGGCUGGCUACAAGGUGAUCCUAACGCGCUUGAAGCCGGAGCAAUGCACGCCAAAGAAUCAUUUGCUAGUCGGUCGCAUUUAAUAUCAACUUUAUAUUCAACAUUCACUGCCUAACCAAAAGAAUAAUCUUAAAAUGUAUGGAAAAAAUAUACUAUGUAUGUGGACAUAUGGAAAAGUCGCAGGUCUUCCAUCUGAAGAAAAAAAAGAACAAAUAAAAGUUUUGCAUUUUUUUAUAAGA